CAAAGAUGAGCAUUAUAUGAUACUUAUAUAAAGAUGCAAAAAAUAUUAUAAAUGUAUUAAACAUUAUAAAAUGUAGUAAAAAUAAUGUAAAAAUACUAUCCGAGUAUUCGAGAGAUCGUGUUCACUCCUGGCUAGGAUACUAAAAAUUCUGUUGGUUUUAUCUUUUUUAUACACAUAGCGGAGGUCAUUUCAAUGAAGCAAAAAAUCUUUUUCUGUGAACAAAUUUAAAUGUGAUAACAUCGAAAAUGACUUAAGCUUUCUCUUGGUAUGAAUAGUAAAAAAUUCUGUUAUGCCUAUGAUUGUUGUGGAGGAAUUUUAAUGACUGGAAGUCAAGUGUGAAAUCAUGUUUUCGAUGAGUAUAUAAAAAUAAGGGAAAAUUCGUAGGUUAAGGUAUGUGUGUAAAUAAAUAACCUAAAUUUCAUGCGGCAAAAACUCCACUUUGUUAAAAGAAAAUGAUAAAUAAACACUUUGUCUAAAAACUGCAAUGAUUUACACAGAUAUAUAUUUGUAAAUAUAUAAAAUUGUUUGGGUAUUUGUAAAAUCUAUAGUCGCCUAAAAAUUCAGACUAAUUUCUUUAUCGGUUUGGUGAAUCCCUGAAAACUCCUCGUGCGGAUGUUCCACUGAAGUUUUGUUCGGUGUAUGACGUCAACAUUUUAUCUAUCCAUACGAAUGUUUGAAUAUCAAGAGACUCGGUAGAGUCUCGGGAUUCGACAUUUUGCUACCAAGAAAAGUCGCUCUAACCUCCAAAACGUACACAGCUGAUACAAGAUCUAACCGAACAGUAAAGAAUUAAUGAGUUCCCGGGAAAAUUUGUGGGCGCCAAGCUUAUCAAAAGUCAAGUGUCAAUGAAAAAUCGUAAGUAUAAUUACGAUUUUCGGAUCUACUUUUAUAGAACUCGCAAAAAAUAAUGGAGAAGGUAGACAAGAUUGUAGAAGAUAAAGAUGAUUCUGGGUCGGCGCCAAAACAAGCGAAAGUUGAUUCUUUCACAGAUGCUUUCGUUGAUCUAAAAAAUUCUGAAUUCUUUAAAAAUGAAUUGCCGGAAAGUACUUCUGGAUUAUCAAGAGUCAAAACAACAUUUACUGGUCUGUCGGUGAAUCCAAAACAGAGAGGGAAUCCUCUUUUGAAGUACAUUAGAAAUGUCAUAUGGGAAUACUCGGAUAUUGUACCGGAUUAUGUAAUGGGUCCGAACGUAUGUGCUUUGUUCCUGUCAGUUCGAUAUCACCAACUCAAUCCUGACUAUAUUCAUGAGCGCUUAAAACUACUGGGUAGUGCUUACGGCUUAAGAGUUCUACUCGUUCAGAUAGAUGUACCAGAGCCUCACCAUUCAUUAAAACAUCUUACCCGGAUCUGUCUGUUGGCUGAUUUGACUCUUAUGUUAGCAUGGAAUGCAGAGGAUGCUGGCAGAAUCAUUGAAACUUAUAAAGUUUAUGAAAACAAACCACCCGAUUUGAUUAUGGAACGAACAAAUGCUGAUCCUCAACAGAAGAUAAUAUCAGCAUUAACAACCGUAAGAUCUGUAAAUAAAACAGAUGCAAUGACUCUGAUGUCUACUUACGGCACUAUUGAAGGAUUGUUGAAAGCAACUCCUAAUGCGUUGUCCUUAUGUCCAGGAUUUGGAUUGCAGAAAGCUCAGCGAUUGCACAAAGUGUUGCAUGAACCUUUUCUACGUGAAACCCCUCUUAGGCCUGAUAACAAAUAAUAUUGUAUUAUUUCUCAUACACUGUGAAUAAAUAAUAUUUUUCUAAAAA